CGAAUAAGUGAUAUUACCUUUUCAUGAAAUUCGAUGUCCUUAAUGAAUGAAUGGAACUUUACGAUCCUUUUCUUUUAUGUUUCUUGAACGACGCAUUUAUAUAUCCGAUUAUCACGGAAAAAUGAUUUUGUGUCCUUCCUAUCAUCGAUCGUGCACCCACAUAAAAGAUAUAUUUUAUCUUUUAUCUUUGUACAGAUGAACUAUCGUUGUUAUCGUCGAUCGUGUUCCUGAAAGAACAUCGAACGAUAUUGCCAAUUGGGAACAUACGAUAAAUGUACUAUAUGUACGUGUACCAUUAAAUAAAUCGAAUUCAAUUUCGAAUUUGGUUAACUUCUUUCUUGUUUUUUUUUUUCUUGUCUUUUAUUUAUUUUUUAUUUUCUUUUUUAUUUUAAUUAAUGUGUUUUUUCUUUUUAAGACGAACAAUGAAAUUAAUGGAGAAUAUCCGAUUAAGAUAAAGUAUCUCAAGAGAGAUGAUCAAAAAACACGCACCGAUUUGUGAUCUUCUCCACUUUCUUUUGCACGGUGAAUCGAUUUGGCGUCAUUCGAUUCAAAUUUCAUACUCUCGAUCCGCUCAAUUUCGAUCAUACCGCGAUAUGCCCACGCGCUUACUUGUUUAUCCUAACUUCGUAAUUACAAAUACAAAUUUUAUUUUGAAAAGAAAAAUCUUUCAAGUUAGAAACGAAAAAGCUGAGAUUGCGCGUGACGUUCGGCGACACGACAACAACGACGACAACGACGACGAGUUAAAAUUGAUUGUACAUGUUACCAACCUUUGAUUGGCGGAAAAAUAAAGAAACAAAAAAGUGAGGUUAUGUUCGAGUCACUCGAAGAAAAGAUUUCGCACGACUAUGUACAAAAAGAGCCGAAGAACGAGUAGCGAUUCAGUCGUACGAUCAUCGUUUUUGUUUCCAUCGUCCUUUUCUUCGAAGAAUUGAGAUCGAUUUCAUUAUCCUUUUAACGAACGGGAAAAUACAUGAGAGAGGAUACUUGAAUAUGAAGUUAUCAGGAAUGGAUUGGUAGCAAUGCUCACCGAUAUCGGUGAACGAGGAUAUGGAUACUUGGCGCACUUCCGUUACGUUUUACUCGCCUAUCUAUCGUUGAGAGAAGGAGGGAAAAGAAAAAAAAAAAACAGAAGAAACAAACGUCGAGGAGGAUGCGCGUGGUGUUGUGAGAUAGAAGAGAGAAAUUCCGUGGGUUGAAGGAGGCCUUGCCAACCCACCUUUAAGGAAUGUGAGUUAGAUGAAGGAUUCAAGAUAGUUCCACCGUUUGGUAUCAUGUCAGAUGGAGUCGAUGGUGGCGGCGGGGAAAACGAGGUAGACUCUCAUUCCUCUUCGCAUGCAGAGGCUGGUGAUUCUUCUAAUCAUAGAGAAGAAGAAGCAUUGGAUCCAGACAACGAAGCAGCUCUUAAUACUAAUUAUGAUAGUAGCGAUGGAGCUGUUCCAGCAUUUAGAUGCGAUCGCUGUGACAAUUAUGAAACUAUAAAUAAAACAGCAUUUUGUGCUCAUCAAGAUCAGUGUCUUGGAAGUGGUGAACCAGGAGAAAGCGCAGAAGGUAUCGAUGGACCUGAAAAUGAUGGAGAUGGAGACGAGGGUCAUUCGGGUUUACGAACCCACAGAAAAAUAUUUGAGUGUGAUGUUUGCAAUAUGAAAUUUUCUAAUGGAGCUAAUAUGAGAAGGCACAAGAUGAGGCAUACAGGUGUAAAACCAUAUGAGUGCCGAGUAUGUCAGAAAAGAUUCUUUCGAAAAGAUCAUCUUGCAGAACAUUUUACCACUCAUUCAAAAACUUUACCAUAUCAUUGUCCAAUAUGUAAUAGAGGUUUCCAAAGACAAAUUGCUAUGAGGGCGCAUUUCCAAAAUGAACAUGUAGGGCAACAGGAUAUGGUUAAAUCAUGUCCAUUAUGUAGUUAUCGAGCAACAACAAUGAAAUGUCUUAGGUUGCACUUUUUUAACAGACAUGGAAUAGAUUUAGAUAAUCCAGGACCAAACAGUUCAACUUCAAUAUUAAAUAGUUGCACACCUGGGGAAGCCAUGCCAUCUGCUCCCCUAUCCGACAGUGGUGAUAGUACUGGCAAUAGAUCAGCGGACAACGCAACUCCUCCAAUGCACUUUCUUACUCCUCACGUUGAAAUAUCCAUUCCUUACCCAGAACAAACUACUAAUCAACGGAAUUCAAGUCCUGCUCCACUAAAUGGUGAUAGUCCAAAUAGUCCACAAAGUGCAGAUAGCAAUAGUAAUGCUCCAAGCAGUAGUCAUCAUCAAUUACCUAUUAACAGUAGUGGCAUUCAUAGGAAUGUGGGUGGUGGAGAAGAAGCUAUCACACCUUCAAUCUCUUUAAUUCCUAUCAAACAAGAGCCAAAUAGCAAUGGUAUGGAAGAUAGUGGAGCAACAUCUAGCAAUCUUUCAUUGCCAUCGUUAAUCAAGGUCUCACCAUUGAAGACACUAUUACGAGAUGAUCUAUGUCGUAAACUUUCGACAAGUUGCAGUAACAAUAAUAAUACUAAUAAUAAUAAUGGUUCAAAUUCCAAUCUACAUUCAAGGGGUGAACCCCCGACAUCGACGAGACCUGAUCCACGAAGUAGCGGUUUACAGUGUACACACUGUAGAAUUACUUUUCCAGAUCAGACGUUGUACUUUCUUCACAAAGGUUGUCACAGUGAGAGCAAUCCAUGGAAGUGCAAUAUAUGUGGUGAGCAGUGCUGUAACUUGUACCAAUUUAAUUCGCAUUUAUUGAGCAAAAGUCAUCAGUAGCAGCGAACAAAAAGUAUGCAAUGGCAUAUCAUUUUUCACUCUUUAUUUAAAACCAUCUUAUCCAGAAAGGGUACGUAGAAUUAUAUGUCAAAUAAUAUCCGUAUAUGAAUAUGCGCCGGGAAAAUAUAAAUAUAUAUAUACAUAUAUAUAUACAUAUAUAUAUAUGUAUAUAUAUGUGUUAUUUUAAAAUAUAAAAUAUAUAUAUUUUAAUAUAUAUAUUUAUAUUUUCAAACAUUCAGAUAUAAAAACUCGAUCCCCAACGAACUACUUUUAACAAGUACAUACACAUACAUACAUAUAGAUAUAUAUAUAUUUAUCCUGAUAUGUAGUAAUUUAAAAUUGUGAAUUUUGGUAAUAGCCAUGUGCUGCCUUCCCCUUAAAAAUUCUGCGCGUAAUGGGAAGAUUUGUGCCUUUUUUCAAAUUUGCCGAUUUUUACUCGUCCAUCAUAUUGUCAUCAUGCGAACGAUCCGUCCAUAGAGCUUUACAGAAUUAUUCCAAGCUCUAUUAGUAGUAUUUACUUAGAUAUAUAUAUAUAUAUAUAUAUAUAUAUAUAUAUAUAUAUAUAUAUAUAUAUAUAUAUAUAUAUAUAGUUAUAUUGAAUAAGUUACAUAAAACUAGAACCAUGAAUAUCUCGGUUACUUUUUAAUAUAUUAAACAUUUCUGGGGAAAAAAAUAUAGUUGGAUCAUACAGGGGUUAAUACUGUUAGGAUGAGAACUUUUACCUGAAAAUCAUAUUUUGUAAAAUUUCAAUUCGAUUGUCGAUUUAAAUUUGUACUAUUGUAAUCACUGUAAAAUAUUAACUCUUUUGUAUCCAACAUAUUUUUCGAGAGAAAUUUCUUUUUUAUAAUUCAAACUAAUUGAGAUAUUCGAGUUUUCAAUUUUAGCUGACUCAUUCGAUAUAUCUAUAGAUAAAAACAUUGGAAUAGUCUUAGACUUUUUCAAAGAUAAACAGAGUUAAAUAGAUAGAUUACAAAGAAAUAUGAGAAAAUUUCUAUUAGAUACCUUAUUCAGUUAUGCUCUUGAUAUGCGGCUUAAAUGCUUUGAAACAGACACGAUGUAUUUUUGAACUUACUUCUUAAUCGAGUUAUCCUCAAGUAUAUCCCAUAUACGAACGCGUAAUAUAUUAAUAUAACAACAAUAACAACAAAAUAUAUAUAUAUAUUUAGUAUAUUAAACUCUGCCUUUUCUUGCACUUUCUUGCACACACGUUUCACAUGUCAGAAUGAACACGACAUCGGGUUAGUUAAAAGCAUUUGCCGUUUAUCCUACUAAUUCAUGGUGAUAUGUGGGUUUUAACAGGUGGACGAUAUACUUCACUAGCUAAAUAUUUUAUUAGCGAGUUGAUGUGUAUUGCUGAUUCACCUGUUCACCUGUUUUAGGUAGGAAUGUUAUACAUCGGUACAGCCGAUAAUGAGGAUAACGUGUACAGGGCACAAGCCACCAGGCAUGUACUAUAUAAAAGGCAGGUUCGGAGAUUUGACCUUGACAUGAAAGGAAAAAAAAAGAAAGAAAGAAAAGAGUUUUUGCAAAUACGUAUUAUUUCACGAUAUAUGCACUACUUAGAGAACAGGGUCAUAUUCUCUGCUUUGCCUUUAUGUCGAAGAUUAUUUUAUAUAUAAAUAUUUGUACAGAAAUAAACAAAUUAUUAAGAGAAAAAUG